AGUGUCUCAAAAGGAAGUGUAUUGAUUGCGGAAGUAAACCACGUAAACCGAUCAUGUAGCGCUAUUUGGGCGUAUUUUGAAGUAUUUUUUAGUACAUCAACUGAAGGUCUAGAGUAAAUCUGUCCCCGGCUGAUCUGCUGGAAAUGGGAGACCCCUCAGAUGUAAGCCUGACUCCAGAGGAGCGUGUUCGGGCUCUGACUAAAAAAGGCAGCUCUGUGGAAGUCAGUGAUGACGUUCCUCCACGACGAUACUUCCGCUCUGGCAUGGAGCUGAUCCGCAUGGCCCAUGUGUACACGGAAGAAGGCAACAUCGAGCAUGCCUUCAUCCUCUACAACAAGUACAUCACAUUGUUCAUCGAGAAACUUCCCAAGCAUCGAGAGUACAAAACUGCCAACAUUCCAGAGAAGAAGGAUACACUCAAGAAACUGAAGGAUAUAGCAUUCCCCCAAGCAGAGAUCCUGAAAAAAGCACUUUUGAAAAGAUUUGAACUAGAAUAUUCAAAUUAUCUACUAAAAAAGAAAGAGGAGGAGGAGGCUCUGGUCCAGGAGCAGUCGAGGCAGCGAGCACUGGAUGCUGAGCGGGUGCGUGUGGCCGACAUGCUGCGCAGACAGAGAGAACAGGAGCAGUUCAGUGCCUUCGAAGAGAUGAUCCGCCGCCAGGACCUGGAGAAAGAGCGACACAAAGUCCUGUUGGAGUUUGCCACACCAGUGACCCCCGUCCCCGACACACCACUUCUCCCUGGUAUCAUGGGCCCCCCAGCACUGGCUCCCAGCGCCCCAGCCAGCAUCAAUAACCCUCAGCACCAGCACUCUGCUGUCAGCUCCCCCACACCUGUCCCUCCUGCUUUUGACCGCUCGCUGAAGCCUGGCUCUCUCAGCCACAGCGGCAGCAAUACAAUGGUAGAUGCCCUGCGCCAGUUGUUUAUACCCUCAGAGCUGUGCCGGAGGUUUCUGCAGUUAGCGGAGGCCAAUACCAUCCGAGCAGUGGAAACAUGUGGCAUUCUUUGUGGCAAACUGACAAGAAAUGCCUUCACAGUGACCCAUGUGAUCGUUCCAAAGCAGUGUGGAGGGCCUGACUACUGUGACACCGAGAACGAGGAGGAGCUCUUCCUCAUACAGGAUCAGUAUGACCUCAUCACCCUCGGCUGGAUACAUACCCACCCCACUCAGACGGCCUUCCUGUCCAGCGUUGACCUCCACACGCACUGUUCCUACCAGAUGAUGCUGCCCGAGGCCAUCGCCAUUGUCUGCUCACCUAAAUUCAAUGAGAUUGGCUACUUCAGGCUGACAGAGCAAGGUACACAGGAGAUCUCAGCAUGCAGACAGAAAGGCUUUCACCCACACAGCAAAGAGCCCCCAAUGUUCACACAUGCAGGACAUGUGAACAUCGUUGAGGACACUGUCUCCAUGAUGGACCUGCGGUGACCUGUGCUUCUGACCACACUUUUAUCACACUAGAUUUGGCAUGAAGUGGCAUCUGCCUAAUAUCCACAGAUAUAUUAGAGACCACUACUGAUGGUACAGGACUCAUGACUUAAGAAAAGUGCCAAGGAUCCAUAUGCUUUCCAAAAUGUGUGUUUUUUGUUUUGUUUUUUUGUGUGUUUUGUUUUUUUUACAAAUACAUAUCUGUUUUCUUUGUUUUAAUGUGGUUGUCAUUACAUGCCAUCAUGUUUUCUUAAAAAAUUCUAAAACAGAAGCUUAAGUGUGUGUAACUCAGGUAUGCAGGCUGUGGAGCUGCAGGGCAAAAACACAGACCACAAUGGAAACGCACUACACUAUGAACAGAAGUUGUCAUUUGGAAGUCCUUCUUGAGUUGUACCUAAUAAACCCAUUUAAACUACAAAGAACAUCCACAUUUGUUCCAGACAAAUACAAGUGACUUUUGUUGCAUGGGUUCUUUUCAUACACUGUCAGUACAUUUUGUUGAAUUCACACUAUUGAUAUUGAUGUAAAUUGCAGGGUGAGGGCAAGGGCCAAUAAAACUCUGGAAAUUGGGUCCACAAACUU